UUGGAGGGAGAGGGGUCCUUAUACACUGUAUUUAACCCGUUAAUACAGAAUUGUUUAACCAUUACGUUUUUAAAAUGAGGGAGAUCGUUCACCUGCAGGCUGGUCAAUGUGGAAAUCAAAUUGGAGCAAAGUUUUGGGAGGUGAUAAGCGAUGAGCAUGGUAUUGAUCCCACUGGUACCUAUCAUGGGGACAGCGACCUCCAGCUGGAGAGGAUUAAUGUCUAUUACAAUGAGGCAACGGGUGGCAAGUAUGUCCCCCGUGCUGUCUUGGUGGACCUGGAGCCUGGCACAAUGGACUCUGUGAGAUCUGGGCCUUUUGGGCAGGUCUUCCGGCCAGACAACUUUGUCUUUGGCCAGAGUGGUGCUGGAAACAACUGGGCCAAGGGCCACUACACUGAGGGGGCAGAGCUGGUGGAUUCAGUCCUGGAUGUGGUGAGGAAGGAGGCGGAGAGCUGCGACUGCCUGCAGGGUUUCCAGCUCACUCACUCCCUGGGUGGGGGAACGGGCUCUGGUAUGGGUACCCUACUGAUCAGCAAGAUCCGAGAGGAGUACCCCGACCGCAUCAUGAACACGUUCAGCGUGGUGCCCUCUCCCAAAGUGUCGGACACGGUCGUGGAGCCCUACAAUGCCACCCUGUCUGUGCACCAGCUGGUGGAGAACACGGAUGAGACCUACUGCAUUGACAAUGAAGCUCUGUACGAUAUCUGCUUCCGCACUCUCAAGCUGACCACACCCACCUACGGGGACCUCAACCAUCUGGUCUCUGCCACGAUGAGCGGGGUUACCACCUGUCUGCGUUUCCCUGGGCAGCUCAACGCAGAUCUGCGCAAGCUUGCCGUCAAUAUGGUUCCAUUCCCCCGUCUGCAUUUCUUCAUGCCUGGGUUUGCACCCCUCACCAGCAGAGGGAGUCAGCAGUACAGAGCCCUGACAGUGCCUGAGCUCACCCAGCAGAUGUUCGACGCCAAGAACAUGAUGGCUGCCUGCGAUCCACGCCAUGGCCGCUACCUCACGGUGGCUGCUGUCUUCCGUGGUCGGAUGUCCAUGAAGGAAGUUGACGAGCAGAUGCUGAACGUGCAGAACAAGAACAGCAGCUACUUCGUGGAGUGGAUCCCCAACAACGUCAAGACGGCUGUGUGCGACAUUCCUCCUCGUGGCCUCAAGAUGGCCGCCACUUUCAUUGGAAACAGCACGGCCAUCCAGGAGCUGUUCAAGCGCAUCUCUGAACAGUUCACCGCCAUGUUCAGGCGCAAGGCCUUCCUGCACUGGUACACAGGAGAAGGCAUGGAUGAGAUGGAGUUCACUGAGGCUGAGAGCAACAUGAAUGACCUGGUGUCUGAGUACCAGCAGUACCAGGAUGCCACUGCAGAAGAGGAGGGCGAGUUUGAGGAGGAGGGAGAAGAGGAGCUGGCUUAA